CGUUCAUUAUUUUGUGAACGUUCAUAGUACUGCAUUGUCGAGUGUUUCACAUUAAUAAUGAAAAUAAUUAUCCUAGCCCUUAUUGGGCUAACAAUCAGUGCAAAUGCCACGAAACUAUCGUAUGAAAAUUUUAAGGUGUAUAACGUCGUACCUAAAACUGAAGAUGACGUGAAUUAUCUGACAGGUCUACACGACAAAGAAGGAUAUGACUUUUGGACCGAACACAUUAAGGCUGGUAGCAAUGUCAGGAUCAUGGUCUAUCCGCAGAUUGAAGAGGAAUUCGUGGCUUACUGUAAAACCAAUGGAAUGGAUAUAGAAAUAAGUGUACCCAAUUUACAAAAACUUAUAGACGCUACAAUGCAACCGGCAGUAUCUAGCAGGUCUACAGAAAAACUCGGCUCUCUUAGUUGGGACAGAUACUACUCCCUUGAAGAAAUCCACGCCUGGUUAGACGAACUAGAGGAACUUUAUCCCAACAAUGUAAAAACUGUCAAUAUUGGAGUAUCCACUGAACAAAGACAAAUCAAAGGUGUCAUUAUUGACCUGAAACCAGAUGACCGAGCAGAGAAACCUCUGACAGGCAUGAUUGAAGGUGGUAUUCACUCAAGAGAGUGGAUUUCUCCUGCAACUGUCACAUGGAUUAUAAAAGAGUUUCUGACCAGCACUGACCCUGGGGUCAAGCAGAUGGCUGAGAGUUUUGUAUGGCAUAUUUUCCCUUCGAUCAAUCCUGAUGGCUACGCUUACACCUUCACGACUGAUCGUCUGUGGAGGAAGAAUCGUAAUACGAAUCACUAUCAAAACUGCUCAAUGAAUGAUGACCUCAGCCGGGGGGUCGAUUUAAACAGAAACUUCGACUACGUGUGGAUGAGUAUCGGUGCAUCAAACGACUCCUGCACUCAGACGUUUGCUGGAGCCUCCGGGUCUUCAGAACCUGAAACCCGAGCCGUUUCCAACUACAUCCUCACUCUGAAGGCUAACACCGACAUGCUGUACUACAUCGCGUUCCACUCCUACUCACAAAUGAUACUGAUCCCUUACAGCCACGUCAGUGGGAUUCAAAAGCUGCAAGUGUCUAACUACGGUGAUCUGUAUGAGAUUGCUAUAAGGGGCGCCGAUAAAUUGACCGCCACUCACGGGACGCCUUACGUUGUCGGUGUCUCGGCAGAGAUCCUUUACCCCGUCAGUGGUUCGAGCUUCGAUUUCGCAAAAGGCGUGGCCGAGGUCCCCAUCUCCUACCUGUUUGAGCUGAGAGACCUUGGACAGAACGGCUUUUUACUCCCUCCUGAGGAGAUUAUACCCAACAAUGAGGAGAUUAUGGCAUGUCUCGCAGAGAUGGAUGCCACGACAAGGAAACUAGGAUACUACUCGUCGGGAUCUGUCAGUCUUGUGCAUUCACUUGUUUUAACUGUUGGUGCUUUUGGUGUGUUGUUCUAUUUGCAUUGAUGUACUCUGUUCAUAAGUUUACUGUUACAUUAUAUAUUAUUAGUUUCUGAAUUUUGGUA